AUGGAAAUCAAAGAGGAAGGAACUUCAGAAGAAGGCCAGCAUUUUCUUCCUACAGCUCAGAUAACCGACCAAGAGGACACUCAGUUCACAAGCAUCCAGAAGAUUCCCAAUGAGCCACAGUUGGAAUUCAUCCUUGCUUGCAAGGAUCUUGUGGCUCCUGUCUGUGAUCGGAAGCUGAAUACAGUGGUGCAGAUCUCAGUAAUCCACCCUGUGGAGCAGACGCUGACGAGGUACUCGAGCACAGAAAUUGUGGAGGGAACAAAAGACCCACUGUUCUUGACGGGUGUCACAUUCCCACCCGAGUACCCCAUCUAUGAAGAGACUAGAAUAAAACUGACAGUCUAUGAUGUCAAGGAUAAGUCUCACGACACUAUUCGAACCAGUGUCCUUCUGGAGCACAAGGAUCCCCCGCCAGAAGUUGGGAGGAGCUUCCUGGGCUCUGCCAGUUUUCAAGUUGGGGAACUGCUGAAGUCCAAGGAGCAGCUGCUGUCCCUGAGCCUGAGAACCUCAGAUGGUGGCAAAGUGGUUGGGACCAUAGAAGUCAGCCUCGUGAAGAUGGGGGAGAUUGAGGAUGGGGACACGGACCACAUCACGACAGUUGUGCAGGGACAAAAGUGUGCACUAGCAUAUGAAUGUGCAGCACCAGACAGUGUGAGCGGGAAGGACAGCUUGCCUUUAUUAAAUGCAGUGUUAAAGAAUCCCGUGUGUAAGCUAUAUAGAUUCCCCACAUCUGACAAUAAAUGGAUGCGGAUCCGUGAGCAGAUGUCAGAGAGCAUUCUUUCUUUUCAUAUUCCUAAGGAAUUGAUUUCCCUUCACAUAAAAGAAGACUUGUGUAGAAACCAGGAGUUAAAAGAACUUGGUGACCUAUCCCCACACUGGGACAACCUACGGAAAAAUGUCCUUACUCACUGUGAUCAAAUGGUGACUAUGUACCAAGACAUUCUGACAGAACUAAGCAAGGAAACAGGGUCCUCUUUCAAAUCCAGCAGCAACAAAGGAGAGAAGACUUUAGAAUUUGUUCCCAUAAAUCUACACUUGCAGCGGAUGCAAGUUCAAAGCCCUCACCUGAAAGAUGCUCUCUAUGAUGUCAUCACUGUGGGAGCACCAGCUGCCCAUUUUCAGGGAUUCAAGAAUGGUGGUCUUCGAAAAUUACUCCAUAGAUUUGAGACAGAGAGAAGAAACACCGGCUACCAGUUUAUUUACUAUUCACCUGAAAACACAGCGAAAGCAAAGGAAGUCCUCAGCAACAUCAAUCAGUUGCAGCCUCUCAUAGCAACCCAUGCAGACCUGCUGCUCAGCUCUGCCAGCCAGCAUUCUCCAGACAGCUUGAAGAGUUCUUUAAAGCUACUCUCAGAAAAAACUGAGCUUUUUGUACAUGCCUUCAAGGAUCAGCUGGUCAGGAGUGCUCUUUUAGCUCUCUACACUGCAAGGCCAGGAGGUAUCCUGAAGAAACCCCCCUCUCCUAAGGACAGUGCAGAGAAGACUAGUCCCCAGGAUGAGCCCCCUCAGCUGAGAAGACAGGACUCGAUACCACAUCAUUCUGACUAUGAUGAAGAAGAGUGGGAUAGGGUAUGGGCCAACAUGGGGAAGAGCCUGAACUGCAUUAUCGCUACCGUGGACAAACUGAUUGAGAGAGAUGGUCACAACAAAGAAGGUGGUGGAGGCAGCAGCAGCCAAGAUGGGGACAUGGAAGCUUCCCUGGAGGAUUCCAUCACAUCUCACCCAAAGGAGGACUGGUAUGAACAGUUACACCCCCUCAUCAUUACCCUGAAGGAGUGCAUGGGAGAGGUGGUGAGCAGAGCCAAACAAAGCCUGACAUUUGUGCUGCUUCAGGAACUAGCCUACAGCCUGCCCCAGUGUCUGAUGCUGACCCUGAGAAGAGACAUUGUCUUCAGUCAGGCGCUUGCAGGACUGGUGUGUGGUUUUAUCAUCAAAUUACAUACAAGUCUACAUGACCCCUACUUCCUACAGCAGCUUCACACAGUGGGCUUGAUAGUACAGUAUGAAGGACUACUAAGUACCUAUAGUGAUGAAAUUGGAAUGCUAGAGGACAUGGCUGUUGGCAUUUCAGAUUUGCGGAAAGUAGCAUUUAAAAUAACUGAAGCCAAGUCUAGUGAUGACCUACCUGUUCUCACAGGAAGGCGUGAACACUAUGUGGUGGAGGUCAAGCUUCCAGCUACAGUGUUUGAGUCGCUCCCUCUGCAGAUUAAAGAAGGCCAGUUGCUUCACGUGUAUCCAGUUCUGUUUAAUGUUGGAAUCAACGAGCAGCAGACUCUUGCUGAGAGGUUUGGAGAUGUUUCUUUGCAAGAAAGUAUUAAUCAAGAAAAUUUUGAACUUCUUCAAGAAUAUUUUUCCAUUUUUAUGGAAAAGAUGCCUCCUGAUUAUAUUUCACAUUUUCAAGAACAAAAUGAUUUAAAAGGAUUGUUGGACAAUCUCCAUCAAAAUAUUCAAGCCAAAAAAAGAAAGAAUGUAGAAAUCAUGUGGCUGGCAGCAACGAUUUGUCGAAAACUCAAUGGUAUUCGUUUUACCUGUUGUAAAAGUGCCAAAGAUAGGACAUCGAUGUCAGUGACUCUGGAACAGUGCUCCAUCCUGAGAGACGAGCAUCAACUGCACAAAGACUUUUUCAUCCGAGCCUUGGACUGUAUGAGAAGCAGACAAACCCAGGGAGCCUUGAAUGAAUCCGAUGACCCUGAGACAGGCUGUCUAACUGAUAACAAGCCAACUUCUCGACACUUCUACCCUGUCGCCUUGCUUCUCGUCAGUUCACACCUGCUUGUUGUGUGGCUUAUUUUAAGUCUUGCAUUACUCUUAGCCAAAUACCAAUAA